AGCCCUCACUUGUACCACCAGUGUGCUACCCUUUAUGUUGCCAGGACACACUGCUAUAUUUCCACCUGCCUAUCACCGGUGUCUUUUUGUUUCCUUCAUAACGGCUGUGUUUUCACCUUAAUUAACCCUUUCUAAGCGCCGGAAGAAAAGGGUUAAGAUAAGUAUCAGUAUUAUAUACUUACGCUGCAACUCGCCCCUGAGAGAGAGAGAGAGAGAGAGAGAGAGAGAGAGAGAGAGAGAGAGACCCAGCUGAGCUACCUGCCUCGCUCCUCCGCGCUUCAGAAGUACGGUGCAGACAAGACACAGCCGCCAGCCAUGCAUUACUACCCUUCCAGAAAAAGGGAAGCAGCAGAGAGGCAAACAGCGUGAAGGAAGCCAGCAAGACAGAGGCAGGCAGCCUCAAAGAAGGCCACCAAAACAGAGGCAGGAACCCUCAACCAAGGUUACCUCAGAGCAACACACGCCCCACAUCCCACCAUGGCAUCCAAUCCACAUCACCUCGUGAAAGAAUUUCUUGAGGCAAUUCAACACCACCCAACAGCAGAGCUGGUCACUGCUGUAAUGGAAGGAGACGAGGCAGGGGUGAGGUCAGCACUUGACAGGGGUGCCCGGCCCGAGGUCACCGUCCCCACUAAUGCUGGGGUGUCAUGGAGUCUGCUGACUGAGGCUGCCAGCAAGGGCCACGAGCACCUGCUGUCGCUCUUACUGCAGGCAGGGUUAAGCAUAGAAGGUGGAGGCACCACUGACAUAACACCGCUGAUGAUGGCUGCCCAGAAUGGCCACGCCCAUACAGUGAAGGCGCUGCUGGACCUCCGUGGUAACCCUCUGGCCAUGAAUAGUGACGGUUGGACAGCCCUACACUUUGCUUCAUGGCAGGGCCACCAGCAGUGUGUGGCGGCCCUCUUGCCCGUUACCCCUCCCACUCCCGCACACCUCGAGGCACACACCCCGGUGCACCUCGCCAGUUAUCGUGGCCACGUGGAGGUACUGGAGCAGCUGGCAGGUGCUGGCUGGCCCCUCACCGCCAAGAACAGUGAUGGCGACACACCCAUGCACUUUGCUGCGGCCGGGGGUAGAGUGACAUGUGUGCAGUGGCUGGUGCAGCGAGGCGGUGACACAAGCAUACAAAAUAAUGCUGGACACACCCCGCUUGACAAGGAGCUGGUCACUGCUGUAAAGGAAGGAGACGAGGCAGGGGUGAGGUCAGCACUUGACAGGGGUGCCCGGCCCGAGGUCACCGUCCCCACUGAUGCUGGGGUGUCAUGGAGUCUGCUGACUCAGGCUGCCAGCAAGGGCCACGAGCACCUGCUGUCUCUCUUACUGCAGGCAGGGUUAAGCAUAGAAGGUGGAGGCACCGCUGACAGGACACCGCUGAUGAUGGCUGCCCAGAAUGGCCACGCCCAUACAGUGAAGGCGCUGCUGGACCUCCGUGGUAACCCUCUGGCCAUGGAUAGUGACGGAUGGACAGCCCUACACUUUGCUGCAUGGGAGGGCCACCAGCAGUGUGUGGCGGCCCUCUUGCCCGUCACCCCUCCCACUCCCGCACACCUCGAGGCACACACCCCGGUGCACGUCGCCAGUUAUGGUGGCCACGUGGAGGUACUGGAGCAGCUGGCAGGUGCUGGCUGGCCCCUCACCACCAAGAACAGUGAUGGCGACACACCCAUGCACCUUGCUGCGGCCGGGGGUAGAGUGACAUGUGUGCAGUGGCUGGUGCAGCGAGGCGGUGACACAAGCAUACAAAAUAAUGCUGGACACACCCCGCUUGACAAGAAAGGGAGAUGGAUGCCAAAACCCCCUGGGACGUGACCACCAGGGCAGUGAGAGGGAGGAGGAGCCAGGGGACAGCCAGGAAUCCCAGCAGGAUGAGGAACAAGAGCGAACGAUGGAGACAGAGAUGGGAGGGGGAGGCUGCCCUGCCAUCAACACCGUCACAACACGCCCCAUCGCUACCGCAACACAAUGUGUACGCCGCGAGACAUACAAACGGGAGGAUAAACUUAGUCUGGAAAGGACUAACAGAAGAAGAAACAACCAUGUGGGUGAACAACACUUACACAGAAUUAGUUGGGUGGUCUACAUGUCAUCUGUUCGAUCCACCAAAGUGUGCAGCCACCAACAAAAUUGUACAAGAGAUGGUCAUCCUCCUCAACAAUUACUUACAAGAGUCACCCCUCGCACCGUAUGCGAUGAAAUUAUUCUUCACACUGCCAAAACUCUUCUUUCAAAAGACACAUAGAAAUGCAAAGGUGGCGGAAAACGUGAAAGCCGUCGCAAGAAGAGUGGGUCUAUGGCAGAACAACCAACUGGAUGAGCUCCUGGAGGAAGCCCGAGCCAUCCAGAAGAGGCUGCCAAGGCCAUCAAGAAACCAACAAGGGCAGGAAGACAAAGCCCGUAAUUUCGCUGGCAAUAUGCGGCAAGGACAGGUGUCCAGGGCUCUGCGGGCACUUAAUGAACAGCAGUCAGGUGGAGUGUUGCCCCUCACCAGGGAAACCAUCCACCAGCUGAAGGAAAAACAUCCUCCCCCCAGUGACGAGGAGGGCCUCAGGAUGCAGGGGCCUUUCCACAAGCCCAAUGAUGUCAUCUACGAGGUGAUUACUGGAGAGAUGAUCUGGAAGAAGUCUCUCCAGACACACGGCAGUGCUGGUCCCUCAGGACUAGACGCUAGAGGGUGGCGUCGCCUGCUGAGCGGCGCACUCUGUGGCAGCGCCGCUAACGACCUAUGCGGCGCCCUGGCAGCACUGGCGAGGAAGCUUGCCACCACAAAUUGUCACCACGUCGAGGCUCUCACAGCAUGCCGAUUAAUUCCGCUGGACAAAAAGCCGGGAUGCAGACCAAUUGGCAUCGGCGAGGUGAUAAGACGCAUCGUGGGUAAAUGCGUCAUGACGGUGGUCAAGGACGACGUAAGGAGGGCAGCGGGGAACCUGCAAGUAUGUGCAGGACAGCAGGCAGGAGGGGAAGCCGCCAUCCACGCUAUGAGGGAAAUGUUCAGUGAAGACAAUUGUGAAGCGGUGUUAUUAGUGGACGCCAAAAACGCUUUCAACACUAUUAACAGAAAAACAAUGCUUCACAACAUUCGAGUAAAAUGUCCCUCUCUGGCACAAUAUGUAGAAAACACAUAUAGUGACCCCUCGGAUUUGUACAUAUGUAGUAAUAGUGGUAAUAGUGUUAAGGUGUUAAAGUCCAUGGAAGGGACAACACAAGGUGACCCAGUGGCCAUGGCGAUGUACGCCCUCGGACUUUCAGUGCUGCAACAAGUUAUCUCAUAUGAGAAAACGAGUGUGAAGCAAGUGGCGUACGCGGAUGACCUGUCAGGGGCCGGCAAAAUAACAGACUUGAAAAAAUGGUGGGGCUUAGUGAACGACAAUGGUCCCAUCAUAGGGUACACACCCAAUGCCGCUAAGUCCGUCCUUAUUGUAAAACCUGAACACUAUGACAGUGCAGUGGAUAGCUUCAGUGGCAGUGGAGUUAUAAUAACAAAGGAUGGACAACGGCAUCUGGGUGCUGUCAUCGGAACAGAGGAGUUCAAGAAGGAGUACAUAGGAGAAAAGGUGAAGGAGUGGAUACAUGAGGUGGAAGUCCUGUCUGACAUGGCCAGGACUGAGCCUCAUGCAGCCUACUCUGCCUACACCCACGGCUUGCAGCAUCGAUGGAGAUUCGCCAUGCACACCAUCCCAGGCAUCAGCCCUCUCCUUGCACCACUGGAGGUCUCGAUAAGGAACACCUUCCUCCCAGCGUUACUGAGAUACCACACCAUCGGAGAUGGGGGAAAGGGCGCUGCUCGAACUUCCACCAAGACUGGGCGGGAUGGGAAUCACCUCCCCUGAGAAGUUGGCGACUGUGGAGAACCUCAACUCCCUCAAGCUCACCAGGUCCCCUCACAGAGAAGAUCAUUGCUCAGGACGCACAUGGUGAAAUAGCCCAAAGUGCAGUCACUGAGCAAG